AUGCAGAUGGAAGCCCAGAAUGCCGACCCCUUUGCUGAAAACCCCGCCAAGCUGCAAAUGUCGGGAUCCAACUCAAACGACGGCCACUCGGUCACCAAGCGCCUGCAAAACGAGCUGAUGCAACUCAUGAUGUCCGACACGCCCGGAAUCUCGGCGUUCCCCGUGUCCGACGCAGAUCUGCUCAACUGGACCGGCACCCUGACCGGCCCGGAGGGAACGGUCUACGAGGACCUGACGUUCAAAAUCUCGCUGGCCUUCCCCCAAAACUACCCCUACACCGCACCCACAAUCAAGUUCAUCAGCCCCAUGUGGCAUCCCAACGUGGACAUGUCCGGCAACAUCUGCCUGGACAUUCUCAAGGAAAAGUGGUCUGCCGUGUACAACGUGCAGACAAUUCUCUUGUCCCUGCAGUCGCUGUUUGGCGAGCCCAACAACAAGUCGCCUCUCAACGCCCAGGCCGCCCAGCUGUGGGACACGGACAUGGAUGAGUACAAGCGGCUGCUGAUGCAGCGGUACGAGGCCCCUGACGAUGAGUAA